ACAGCUCCAGCCCAGUAUGAUCCACUGAAUCUCCCUCUUUGCUUGCACAACUCAAUUCUCCACAAGGCUGAAUCAGUCAUGCAGGCUGAGAGCCAUGCUGAAGCAGAGCAUCAUGCAAAGGCAUCUGGAAUCAAUGGAAUCAGCAUCUGGAGCAUCAUCUGGCCAACCUCAUUCCCUCUUGACUUCAUGCACCUUGUUUUUGAGAAUGUUGUACCCCUCCUCCUUGAUCUUUGGCUUGGUGUGAGCAAACACUGUGUUGAGGGGGAUGCAUUCACCUUACUGCAUGCAAUUCAGACUGAUGUUGCCAAGCGAGUUGCCAAAAGUGGGAACACCAUUCCUGGUGCCUUUGGCCAACAUGUCCUACAUCUUCUCAACAAACGGCAUGAGUUCAUGGCAGAAGCGUAUAUGCUACGGAUUACCCAAUUGGCACCUGUUGUCCUCUUGCGGCAGUUCACCAAUGAAGCAUAUUACCACCACUUGGUCGAAUUGUCUUGUUUCAUCAAUGACUGCCUCAGUUUUUCCCAUCACGCUGGCUUCAUGACUAUGCUCCGCAAGUGUUUGGUCAAGUGGGUUCUUCAAUACAAGCAACUGUACUACCAGGGCAGUACAGAUCAUGUUGGCCUGUGCCCAGUCACAGUUCAUUCACUGCUGCACUUAGCAGAUUGCAUGGAAUGGACUGGUCCACUUUGGACAACAUGGGCAUUUCCUAUGGAGCGAUUUUGCAGUCAGCUACAAUGUGCAGUGACAGGAUGUUUGAAUCCUUACCCUGGAAUUGACUGA